GCUGAUCAUAGACAGACGAAGGAACCUGUGCCCCAUAUUUCUGCAUUUUUCGCCGUCCCCGCCAAAAUGUACCCCGUCAACUCUGUGGGCGGCAUGCCUAGAGAGCAAGAGUAUGCUCCUUUACUUUUUGCAGUGCAACCAUUAGAUCAAGCAACUCCACGUGCGGCGACGCCGCUUCGUGCUGACACCAGCAGUUUAAGCACGCAGCGGCGGUCGCUGACGCAAACUCCAGGCUCAAUGGCAACGGACGCGACACCUCCACCACCUCCACCAAUUAUGCGGCUUGCUGAGGAUGUCGUCAUGGAGGACCCCGGCAGCGCUGCUCGCGGUGUAACACCACCAGGCCGGCAGACACCCCAGCAGCCCGGACUCACGCCCGCUGCCACCGCUCCUCAGCCGCAGCCCCUCACAACCGCAACCGGCCUCUCCCUGGAGCAGCAGCAGCCCGCCUACGACGACGUGUGGGUGACCGUGUUUGGCUUCACGCAACAAGACCUGCCGUUCGUGUUGCGGGAAUUCCACCGUUGCGGCGACAUUGUCAGCUGGGGUUUCGGAGAACCACAAGCCAACUUCAUCCACGUGCAAUACCAAAACAAGUACGGCGCGCAACGGGCGCUUCUUCGCAACGGCGAGCAGCUAAACAAUUCACUCAUCAUCGGAGUCAAGCCGCUCGAUCCGCGGCAUCGCCAGCGGGUUGCAUCGCUGCAGGAGGGGCCCGACAGUCCCGCGCAGGUGUACCGACCCAAGCCGGUUCCGGAGCGGCCGUACCGGGUGGAGGCGGCAGCGGGGCAGCGAGUGCCGCAGCCCAACCGCUCGGUGGUGACUCGCAUGUAUGAGUUUGUGCUGGGGAUGUAAUGGGAUGGGAUGGGGGGAGUGUUGGGAGUGGGGAUAAGGGGCUGGUUUUGUCGGGUAGUGGUGCGGGUUAUGACGUGGGGUAGCUGUGAGGGCUUUUGCGUGGAGUGACAGACAAUGGGCGUAUCGGGGCUCUUGGACGUGUAGCUUAGUUUUAUUGACGGAUGGUGUGUGGCGGUGGCCAGCUACUGACCUUUUCACUGAGGUCCAAGGCAUGCAUGUUCAGGGCCUUGGUCAUGCAACGCCAAUUGCACCGCCUUUUUUUGUGGCGCUUCUAGUGGAGGGUGAGUGUUUGUAGGAUAGUUAUGGGUGCUGCCAACAGGUGUGCUGCUCCCAGUAAGCGGCGAAAUGCAGCAGUACACUGGCGUUGCGUGGUUUGUUGUGCGCCACGAGCUUGUACGCCCAUGGGCCGACUUUUGCCUUGCUGGUUUGACCAUGUUUAUUUGGUAGGC